GCGCAUUUCUAUUGGAUGAGUUCGUCCACAAUUAUCCUCUUAUUCAUCUCAAACGAGCUGAAAUAUUUUAUGUGGAUGUAACACAGAGAUUAACGAGAUGUCUGCGAAGCCAACUUGUUUAAUUGUGGCGAGUGCAUCUCCUCAAGGAGUCACAGCAAAGUCUUUCCAUCAGUCCUUCAGUCUCUGCAACUCAGCGUUUAACCUGCAGACAGCCACACCUGGGGGGAAACCUAUAGACUUUGUAGGAGUAGAUGAAAGCACCGCCAGAUGGGUGCAGGACUUCAGUAUGAAACCUUACGCAACGCCAGCCAAACUUGAAUCUAUAGACGGUGCCCGAUACCAGGCGCUGCUCAUUCCAGACUGUCCUGGAGCACUGAAUGACCUGGCACACAGUGGCUCUCUACACCGCAUUCUCAUGCACUUCAUCUCCCAGAACAAGCCUGUUUGUGCAGUAGGACAAGGAGUGUCAGCUCUGUGUUGUGCCACUGAGGGACAGAGGUGGAUCUUCAGUGGCUAUAGCUUAACAGGGCCGUCAGUGUUUGAACUGGUGCGACAGCCUGACUUUGCCAACCUGCCCUUGAUUGUGGAGGACUUUGUGAAGGACAGUGGUGGAUCGUACACAGCAAGCAAAGAAGAUGCUGUGCAUAUCGUCAUAGACAGACACCUAAUAACUGGUCAGAAUAUGCAGUCCACUUCACUUGCUGUACAUAAUCUCAUUCUGUUCUGUAGUGCAAAGUAAAAACAAAGGUUUGAAUCAGAAGCACUGAACUUGAAGAGCUUGUUCCACAUUUAUAUUCAUGUAAUUAAACUUUCACCUUGGAAGAUGCCAGGUCAGAACAGAUGUUUGACAACACUGUAAAUACAACUUCAUCACUUGUCAAUGAUUCUAUCACAAACCUAAUAAAAGCCACACAAACAUCUUGAUUUGAAAUUUAAGACAAAGAGAGAAUGAGUCAGGAGCAGAUGCAGUCUUGAGGAUGUUCAAAGGGUCUCCACGGCAAAGAAGAUGCAUCCAUGCACAGAACCAUUUGUAGACGAUGGUGAGCACAACAACAGAAGAUUACCAGAUUUACAUUGAGGACAGGCUGUGGACAUUUGUGGCACAUGAACUCUGAAGGCCUCCGAAGAAGAGAAUAUAUCGCAUCAUGUACAGUACAUUGUGAACAUACAGACGAUCAUGCACAUUCUGUUUUUGAAUGAUGUGUUACUCCACUCUGACUGAACUAAAUAAGAUGUUCACAACAUCGCCAAAAAAAGGAAUAAAACAUAUAGGUACCUGUUGUCUGCUGCUGGUAACUUUUAAAUAAAAAAAAUCUGUUUCAUUCA